UUUCUGGUUCAUCCGUUCAACGUUCAACUUAAUUUUUUUAAAUAUUAAAAAUACAAAUAUGUAAGAAAAUGACUUGAUUAUAAUUGCGGAUUGAAGACUUAUUAUGAGUGAGACAUUAAUAUAUAUUGAAUAGAUCAUCGUCAUAACUUUAUUCAUCGGAAUAUUGUUCAAUUAAACUAGGUAUAUUUUGCUGUUUACUUUAAAUUCUCAUACCUAACCUAAAUCGACUUUGCCAAAUUUAAAUCAAUAAUAUAUCGAAAUCAAAUAUAUCUUUCUGAAGGUGUAACUAAAAAUUUCAUGAAAGUUAAGCAAAACUUCGGUAAUCAAUUCAAUAAGGCGCCAAAAUUUUGAAAUUGCCUCCAAAUGUGAGCUUUUCCAUGGCCAACCGAAUUUUCAACCGCCAAAUCUUCGAGAGAUUGUCUAUGCCCUUUCGCGCCAAUUCAGUCGUUAAGUCAAAUCAGCCGGUUCAGAUUACACGUGUUUUUUCGGCUAAAGAACAAAAUAAUAGCAAAAUGCCUUCAAAAGAAAACGGCGUGGCUUUGAAACUGAGAUACUCCAAAGUGGUGCCGGAGGCCUACAUCCCGACCAAGGGUUCCCUGAAAGCUGCAGGCUACGACUUGAGGAGUGCCUUCGACAUAACCGUUCCGGCGAGGGGCAAAGCCCUUGUGGAUACGGGCUUGAAGAUUGAGCUCCCAGAAGGAUGUUACGGAAGGAUUGCACCUAGAUCGGGUUUGGCUGUGAAAAAUUUUAUCGACGUAGGAGCUGGAGUGGUCGACGAAGACUACCGAGGAGUUCUAAAAGUUGUGUUGUUCAACCAUUCUGAUACUGACUUUGAGGUCAGAUCAGGAGAUCGCAUAGCCCAACUCAUUUGCGAAAAGAUCUACUACCCAGUUUUAGAGGAAGUACAGGAAUUGACAGCUACUGAACGUGGUGAAGGCGGAUUUGGAUCAACUGGUACCAAUUGAUUUCUUAACUGCCUUUUUUUUAAUUUCCUCAAUGUAUUAUUUUAAUUAGUCAGUACCAGUUUAACUUGUUUUGUUUUUAUUAUAGUUCGAUGUCUCGAUAUCAGGAUGUAUGUCAACUAUUUCGUUGUUCCUAUAUUACUUUGAGAGUGUUCAUAUCCACCUGGGAUUUUUGUUUUUUAUUCUAGUUUUAAUUGUAAUACUUUCCUUUAAAUUUCAGUUUUUGAUAUAGGCAGAUCCGAUACAAUAUGUGAUACAUGUGGGAGUUCAAAGCUAGCUUCUGAAAUUACUGAAAAUACUGGAAAAUACAUGCUUUUAUUAUUACAAA